AUGGAUAACUAUUACUUUUAAUCCUUCAAAGAGAGGACAGAAUUUGGAGAUAUCAAGGUCAAACAAGGCAUCAUUAAAGCCUUUCCUAAUACUUUGCAAAUAGAAAGCAAUUUCAUGCUAAGUCAUUGUGAUGAUUCACAGAAAACUUAUAUAAUAAUCAAGAAAAACCUUAAAAUUCUUAGAGUAAAAGAGGCUUGUCCAACUCAAGUUCAAAUACUUUCAUCUUCUAAGAAAACGUUAGUCGUUUACAAACAUUUGAUAAACACUCUGCUAAUUUGCAACAAGAAAAGAUAUUCAAGUAAAUACUGCAGUAUAAAGAUCUAAGCAAGGCCUCAAGUUAUUAAACUUAACAAAGGAUUUUACAUCUUCUGGUUCAAAAAUUUAUCCCAAUUGCAAAUAAUGAACAUCGAAAAUCAUACAAUAGAGCAAAACAUAUUUUUAUAGCGGAAUGAGAACUGGCUUUAAGUUACUAAAGUUUGCAAGAAAUCUGAAUUCUGCUACGAACUUUGUCUAAGAAAUAAUAAAUAUAUUGCUUUCUAUGAUCUUGACUUAUUAACUUAGCCGUAUUCGUUUAAUCUAACUUCUAAAAUUGAACUAUAGCAAAAAAGUAAACUUACACAUUUAUCCUUAGUCAACUAGAAUCAUAUUUGCAACAUUUAGAAUGAUUAUAUGAGUGAGAAAUAUCUUAGUCUUCAGAUAAUAGAUAGAACGAGUUAAGAUAACAAUUCCAAAAUGGUUGAAUUCAUGGCUGAUGAAAAAAUAUAGCUUUUGAAUUAGAAAUAAGCUAGAAAAGGCGAUUAACCAAUUAUCAUUAAAUUAUCACAAAACUAGCUAGGUAUCUUAACUAACAUUGAGAAAUCAAAAUUUGACUUUAGCUUAUUCAAAAGGCUUAACUCUAUUAAUCAAAUUCUUAGUUUCAAUAAGAACUGUGCUAUUUAUACCUAGGAAAUCAGAAAUCAAUUUUUGAUUUAUAUCAUUAGAAAAUUAGAUGAUGGGAGAGCCAAUAUAUGGUAUAUUAACAUUCCUAAGAAAGUAAUUGAUAAUAUUCUAUAACAGAUCGGGAAUAAUCUUUGA